AUGACUUCUGAACAAAAAUAUCCUGGUUACGAAGCACUUACGUCGUAUUUGAAGCGAGAUAAAAAAUCUUUUUGGGGCUUUCUACGCCAUUGUCGAGACGCGCUUGUUGCCACUAAGCCGGUUACUUCCCGUUGGCAUGACCUUGACACGUCCUGGUGCCGUCGCUUUUUAGAAGAAGCAGAAAAGCUAUUAAACGAAAAUGACUUUAAUAAAAUUACUGGGUAUGACCACUUGGUAACCACUCCAAGUCCUCUAUUCGGGCACCCUAACUUUGUCGUUGGUAAAGGUCUAUUGCUUCCGGAGGAGGAAUCAAUUAUGUGUCUUCCUUUUGGGGCAUGCCUUAUCACUAAUGAACAGGAAGUAUCCCUCGCAAAAAAUAUUUCACCACCUAUCAAAGAUCAGUUCGAUAAAGAUAAUGGUAUUACUCUUGAUCUCUUGUCCAAACAUAACUCGACCCAGACCCAAAGGAGCGAUUCUAAAUCUCUAACUGAUCCUGUAUCAUCUAUCACUUCUUUGCCACAAGAUAUUAUUUCAUCGGAUCAAUCUAAUUUAUCAUGUGAUAUAUUGCGAGAACAGAAAAAUAACCAAUCAAAGAUAAAGUCUCCUUGUCCCGAGCUCAAAUUAUCUACUGAUCAAGCACAAAGUGACAUCCCUGAACUAAGUGAUAUCCCGUCCCAAAUAACAGAAGCUAGCACCGAUUCCAUGUCCUUACAAAGUCUAAAGAAAACUCCAUUGAAUUCUAUCUUUAUUAAACAAAUUUCAAACAUUUCUGUUGAUAUAGAUCUAACUCCAGGUUCUGUACCUCAUUUAGCUCGUGUUGACAAAUAUACUUUAGCAGAAUUUAAUCACUCUGCCUUAAUUCUGCCUUUAUCACCUCUUGCUAUUAGAAGAGAUAUAAGAAAAAGAAGAAAAAAUCUCAUUAGUGUAAAAAUUGAUCGGCGUGAAGAUUCUUCACGCGUACAUGGUCAACCGAAAUCUGAUAUAGAAACUAAAGUAUGCGAAAAAACUUUAUCGGAAACAGAGUCAUCACAUAUUUCUAAUUCGGUAGAUGAGGUAAGUAAGAAAGACGAAUCUUCACUCAAGGAAGAGCGAAUUUAUCUUUUAUUACAAAGUAAUGAGACUGUCUCUAUUUUUUCUGCAUAUAUAGCAAAGCUAGUGUUUUCGACACUUAAAAUGGUUAGAAGAUUAAGAUCAAGUGCUACAUGCUUAUCACCCGAAGCGAUUAGUGAUAUAAUUACGGCUAAAGGUAUAGCAAAUGCAUUACCGAUUCUGGCUAAAAAAUAUAAUAUAUCAUAUGCCCGAAUUCGUGGAAUAUGGGAAUUCGCUAUUGCAAUAAAUAAUUAA